CAGGUAAUUUGUAACAUUGAUUUCUUGGCAGUCAGACAUUUCUUUGAGAUCAUGAAAGCAGAGAACAUGAAUGAGAUUAAUCAUACAUUUGUGUUAGAGUUUAUUCUUCUGGGUCUUUCUGGAUAUCCAAAGAUUGAGAUCAUUUACUUUGUUUUAAUUCUAGUUAUGUAUCUAGUGAUUCUAAUUGGCAAUGGUGUUCUGAUCAUAGCAAGCAUCUUUGAUUCCCGUCUCCACACUCCCAUGUACUUCUUCCUGGGAAACCUGUCUUUCCUGGAUAUCUGCUAUACAUCCUCCUCUGUGCCCUCAACAUUGGUGAGUUUAAUUUCCAAGAAGAGGAGCAUUUCCUUCUCUGAGUGUACAGUGCAGAUGUUUGUUGGCUUUGCAAUGGGGUCAACAGAGUGUUUGCUUCUUGGCAUGAUGGCUUUUGAUCGCUAUGUGGCCAUCUGCAACCCUUUGAGAUACCCUGUCAUCAUGAGCAAGGUGGUAUAUGUACUGAUGGCUUCUGCUUCAUGGCUUUCUGGUGGAAUCAACUCAAUUGUGCAAACGUCAUUGGCUAUGCGAUUACCUUUCUGUAGAAAUAAUAUCAUAAAUCAUUUUACCUGUGAAAUAUUGGCAGUUCUCAAGCUGGCUUGUGCUGAUAUAUCCCUCAAUAUUAUCACCAUGAUGAUAUCAAAUACAGCAUUCCUGGUUCUUCCACUGCUGAUCAUUUUCCUCUCCUAUAUGCUCAUCCUCUACACCAUCUUGAGAAUGAACUCUGCUACAGGGAGACUCAAGGCCUUUUCUACCUGCUCAGCGCACCUGACUGUAGUGGUCAUAUUUUAUGGUACCAUAUUCUUUAUGUAUGCCAAGCCCAAGUCUCAAGAAGUUGGUGGAGACACAUGGCAAACUUCAGACAAGCUCAUCUCCUUAUUUUAUGGGGUAGUUACACCCAUGCUAAAUCCUAUCAUCUAUAGUUUGAGGAAUAAGGAUGUAAAAGCUUCUAUAAAAUACCUGCUGAAUCAAAAGCCUAUUCAAUAA